AAUAUUUGGCUUGGUUCUCAAGACUAUUGGCAAAAAUCAAACAAUUCUUAAGGUAAGUUUGGUUCUUUGGUGCAAGUUCAAGGACUCUUCAGCUGUUCCUGAGGAGUUCGGUGAUGCCAGUAGCGGUAGUGUCUUGCCAUGUAUUCAAUUGCCCGAUACAACCAUUUGGUUGCCAAGACGGGCCCACAGCUGUGCCCUCUUGUGAAAAAGUACUCACUUGUGAAUCUGGUUUUCGCUCAGAUGAAGCUUUCCAUCAUGAGCCUCCUCGAUGAUGUGCUCGAGACGCUGUGCCUCUUGUUCCAUCCUGAUCUCUCUGCGCUUAUGCUGGCUAGGCUAUGUCCUGCGUUCGUUUCCUUUUUGCUGUUUUUCACUGCUCUGCCCUUAUAAAGUCGAAGCGAGUUUAGGAAUAUGGUUGGCGAGGAAGUGGUUCUGGAAGAAACGGGUUGACGGGAGGUGUAGAAGUGGAGGGAAGGGAGGGUGAUUGGGAGCAAAGAGGCACUGGAGGUGAGCAAUUGAAAACCGGUAGUGUGGCUUGCCUUCUGCUCAGUACAGCUUCAGUGAGCACAGGGAGCGACUUGGCAGCACAAUCCAUUACCCUCCAGGAUCGUCAGCCGUACACGUCCACGCAAAUAUCGAUCGGAUCCAAGGCCGAAUAUAUGACGCCAAAAUGUUCAUCCACUUCUGGUUCUACGCAAUGCUGCCAAUGUCCAAGUCACAGGCGGCGGUAUAUCGCCAAUUCCUGACCCAUUUCAUCGCAAGAGCAAUGUCCCCAUCGGUUUCCAGGCGCAAAAACAACAGGAACAAAACCUUAUUCUCCUUUAAAUAGUCUACCCAUGCUGAAGCAAAUGGCCUCUUCUUCAUCGCGC